CCGCAUCAGGGGUUGAAGGCAAGACUUUUGGUUUGGGGAGACAGAGGCAUUAGGGGGUGACAGGACCCAGGACCUCUGAGUCGUAGGGAUGCCCGGGAGUCUCAGGGAUGUCUGGUAGCAGGAGCCUCGGAGCUCUUGCUGGGAUGAUAAGACGUUUUACAGCCCAGGGAGGGGUCAGGGGGGUGCAGAAGGGCUGGGAGUACUUUCAGGAGGUUUGUGGCAGAGGGGGCCAGCUGUCGGGUCCAAGGGUGGCUGUGGGUCCCCCGGGGUGACAGGCCUGGCUCUGCCCUCCCCCAGAACUGCCCUAUCCAGAUCAUGGACCCUGAGGUGUCCCUGCUGCUGCAAUGCCCCCCGGGGGGGCUGCCUGAGGAGCAGGUACGGGCUGAGCUGAGCCCUGCCUACGACCGUCGCCCACUGCCAGGAGGGGACAAGGCCAUCACCGCAGUCUGGGAGAGCCGGCUUCAGGCCCAGCCCUGGCUCUUUGACGCCCCCAAGUUCCGCCUGCACUCUGCCACCCUGGUGCCCACUGGCUCGCCGGGGCCACAGCUGCACCUGUGCCUGGGCCUUACUUCCUAUCGAGACUUCCUGGGCACCAACUGGGCCAGCUCAGCUGCCUGGCUGCGACAGCAGGGGGCCACCGACUGGGGUGACAAGCAAGCCUACCUGGCGGACCCCUUAGGGGUGGGCGCUGCACUGGCCACUGCUGACGACUUCCUUGUCUUCCUGCGCCGCUCUGGGCAGGUGGCUGAGGCACCUGGGCUAGUGGACGUGCCCGGUGGGCACCCUGAGCCUCAGGCCCUGUGCCCAGGUGGCAGACCCCUGCACAUCAACCUCCCUGGGGAGCUGGUGGUGCAUGAGCUCUUCUCCAGUGUCCUUCAGGAGAUCUGUGAUGAGGUGAACCUGCCGCUGCUCACCCUGAGCCAGCCGCUGCUGUUGGGCAUUGCCUGCAAUGAGACCAGUGCCGGCCGUGCCAGUGCUGCGUUCUACGUCCAGUGCAGCCUGACUUCUGAGCAGGUGAGGAAGCACUACACGAGUGGGGGACCUGAGGCCCACGAAUCCACAGGAAUCAUCUUUGUGGAGACACAGGUUUGAGAGUGUGAGGAGGUUGCAGGAGACUGAAAUGUGGGCCGAGCUCUGCCCCUCAGCCAAAGGCGCCAUCUUCCUCUACAACGAAUUCCAGGAAAGUUCCACCUAAGUCGCCCUAGAGUCCCCAGCCCUAUCACCACAGCUCGGAAGACAAUAAAGGACUUUAUUCUUGGA